AUGGUCCCGACUUUCAAUGUUGACCUCGAUGACUACGUCAAGCCCAGUAUGCCAUAUGAUACUCUCUUCGUUCACACGAUCAUCCACCCGACACGUGCCUCGGAGCAUGCGACGGCUGCCAUUACAAGAGAUACACGCGACGGGUUCGAGAGGCUUUGGCUGGUACUGUACAACGGCAGGCAAGCGCUCAGACGAGAAAUUGGACGGUGGAAUCAGCGUGUUCAACUUGACCACCCCUGCGCUGACUAUCGGCGUACCAAGCACAAGAAGUGUAUCAUUUCCCCUGCGGUCCCAAGCAAAACUCGUGCCGUCUCUUGA